CACUGCUUCCGUGCAAGCCCGGGCUCCGAGAACUUCACCACACCUACCCCUCUCUGCGUUCUGCACAAUGUCUGAGUAACAUUGUUGUUUCACUUUGGUCACACAUAAUGAAAUAGCCUAAUUUAAUUACGAUUUUAGAGAUAUGUAAUUAUAUCCAGACAAUUUCGAAAAAGUCAAUUAUUUCUUUAAUUGUAGUAAAUAAUAAUGUACUUCUAAUGUACUUCUAUUCACAGCCAUUUUUCCAAACUAUUUUACUCAACUCCUACUAUUUGUUGAAUGCAGCCCUAACAUGUGAGCAUGCAGGAUUUGAUAUUAGGGCUCUUUUUUAAAUUUUCUUAGUAGUACAGGAUUAGAUAGGAUGGUUUAGUUUCUCUUAAUGUUUGGUUCUUUAUUCAUUAUUCUCUGAACUGUGAUUGACUACACAAUCCAGUACAGUAGGUAGCGGCAUGCCCCUAUAACGUAUGUUUGCGGAACGCGGUAAUAUUAUAGAAGAAGAAGAAGAAGGCUGUGAGCCUGCGCAUUGUCGCAAAUGCGGUUUGGCGUUGUGACUCCAUUUAUGCGGUAUUUCGUGUUGUUUCCAAGCGGGAAACAGUAGUCAGGUCAGUAAGAUUAAUACAGUGGUCGGUUAGACAGCAGUCUCUCCGAUUAUAAACUUCGCUGGUAGGGGAUCUACUAAAAGAGGAAUAUGCCCCGAGAAAUCAUAACACUUCAACUUGGCCAAUGUGGAAACCAAAUUGGUUUUGAGUUUUGGAAACAACUCUGUGCAGAGCAUGGCAUCAGUCCGGAGGGGAUUGUGGAGGAGUUCGCCACAGAGGGCACUGACAGGAAGGAUGUCUUCUUCUAUCAGGCAGACGAUGAACAUUACAUCCCCCGUGCUGUUUUGUUGGAUCUGGAGCCCAGGGUGAUCCACUCUAUCCUCAACUCCCCCUACGCCAACCUGUACAACCCAGAGAACAUCUACCUGUCGGAGCACGGAGGAGGUGCAGGGAACAACUGGGCCAGCGGCUUCUCACAGGGUGAGAAAAUCCAUGAGGAGAUCUUUGAUAUCAUAGACAGAGAGGCGGACGGCAGCGACAGUUUGGAGGGUUUUGUCCUUUGUCACUCCAUCGCUGGGGGAACCGGGUCCGGGCUGGGAUCCUACCUGCUGGAGAGGCUCAAUGACAGGUACCCUAAGAAGCUGGUGCAGACCUACUCUGUGUUUCCUAACCAGGAUGAGAUGAGCGACGUGGUGGUGCAGCCCUACAACUCACUGCUCACACUCAAGAGGCUCACCCAGAACGCAGACUGUGUGGUGGUACUGGACAACACUGCUCUGAACCGCAUCGCCACCGACAGGCUGCACAUCCAGAACCCCUCCUUCUCCCAGAUCAACCAGCUGGUUUCCACCAUCAUGUCAGCCAGCACAACCACCCUGCGUUACCCUGGAUACAUGAACAACGACCUGAUUGGUCUGAUCGCCUCUCUCAUCCCCACGCCCCGCCUUCACUUCCUGAUGACUGGCUACACACCGCUCACCACUGACCAAUCGGUGGCCAGUGUGAGGAAGACCACCGUGCUGGAUGUGAUGCGGAGGCUGCUGCAGCCCAAGAAUGUCAUGGUGUCCACGGGCAGGGACAGACAGACCAACCACUGCUACAUUGCCAUCCUCAACAUCAUCCAGGGAGAGGUGGACCCCACCCAGGUCCACAAGAGCCUGCAGAGGAUCCGGGAGCGUAAGCUGGCCAGUUUCAUCCCCUGGGGUCCAGCCAGCAUCCAGGUGGCUUUGUCCAGGAAGUCCCCGUACCUACCUUCCGCCCACCGCGUCAGCGGCCUGAUGAUGGCCAAUCACACCAGCAUCUCCUGUCUGUUCGAGCGGACUUGCAAGCAGUACGACAAACUGCGAAAGCGCGAGGCCUUCCUGGAGCAGUUCCGCAAGGAGGACAUCUUCAAGGAAAACUUUGACGAGCUGGACAACUCCCGCGAGGUGGUGCAGCAGCUCAUCGACGAGUACAGUGCUGCCACACGGCCCGACUACAUCUCCUGGGGAACUCAGGAGCAGUGAGGACAGAUGGGAUAUACACCCCUGUCACAUGACAUGGGUCUGGUCCACCUCUACAGCCCAACCAGGGAAAGAUAGGGCUGAGCUAGUUGCCUCCUGUGCCAUCCCUAUGGAGAAAAGUGUUAAAGUUCAUCCCUACUGCUUUUCUUCCCUCUUCUGUCCUUAAGCUCUGUUUGGGAGUUAAACCAACGCUUCAAUCUGUGUGCCUGUAUCCAAUCCCCACUGAUGGUUAUGAAUAGUAGUGAAUGACUAGUCUUCUCUGUCUCUCAUGCAGGAUUCCAAAACGACCCCUACCACUAGACACUUCAUGGAUAGUAGAUCUGAAAGGAUCAAAUGGGUAUCAGCUCCAUCUUGUUCUCUGACAGGUGGAAUGUAUGAUAUUGUGCCCAGUGGGUUGGGGUUAGAGGUUGAUUUGGAAUUGUACGUCACUCUUUCUCUCUCCUCUCUUCCUGUUCUUGUUGCCAUCAGCAGAACUCGUAGCCUCGUUUGGCACUAUUUUUAUACUGUAUAGUACUACUCUGCUUUUUGUGCUGUUCCUUUUUCAGUCACACCGACUAACAUACCAGCCGGAGAAACACUCCAACGUCCUGGGGACAGAAUAACAUGCCUGGUGUGACUUUGUCUUCUUACAUUUCUGAGAAGUUUGUGUUAUGACACCAGAGCCCAUGAUAAUCAUAGGCCUGAGAUCAGUUGCUGCUGUCCAGUAUGUACUUAACCAAAACAUCUGUUUCGUAAGUAUGGCAAUGGUCAUUGUUAUAAAAUUGUAUCUAUUACAUUGUUAUUGCAGAGGACAGCCUACUUCUCUACUCUGGUGCCGGAGUGUAAAUCCAUACUUUCUCUUACUCUCUGUGCAUCAAGAAGCUUGUUAAAUCGCAUCGCAUCUACAGUUUUCCUUUUUUUUGUAGCCAUCCAAAUGUAUAUACUUUUCAUGUUGAGCUUUGUUGUAAAAUUAUUUAAAAUAAAAAUUCUAUGAGAAUAUUCUUCAUUGCCA